AUGUCAAUUGUAUCAUUAACAGGAAUAGAAGUACUUAAUAAUCCAGCAAAAUUCACUGAUCCAUAUGAAUUUCAAAUAACAUUUGAAUGUUUAGAAUCAUUAAAAGAAGAUUUAGAAUGGAAAUUAACAUAUGUUGGAUCAUCAGAUUCAUUAGAUCAUGAUCAAGAAUUAGAUUCAAUAUUAGUUGGUCCUGUUCCAAUUGGAGUUAACUCUUUUUUAUUUACUGCUGAUGCUCCAAGUCCUGAAUUAAUACCUGCAAGUGAAUUAGUUAGUGUUACAGUUAUAAUAUUAAGUUGUUCAUAUAAUGAAAAAGAAUUUGUUAGAGUUGGUUAUUAUGUAAAUAAUGAAUAUGAUACUGAAGAAUUAAGAGAAAAUCCUCCUACUAAAGUACAAGUUGAUCAUGUUGUUAGAAAUAUUUUAGCUGAAAAACCAAGAGUUACAAGAUUUAAUAUUGUUUGGGAUAAUGAAAAUAAUGUUGAUGAAUAUCCUCCUGAACAACCUGAAGAUGUAGAAGAAGAAGAAGAAGAGGAAGAGGGAGAGGAAGAAGAAGAGGAUGAUGAUGAAGAAGGAGAAGAAGAAGAAGAAGACGAGGAACUUGGAAUACAGGAAGGAGGCUCAAAGGACGUAGAAGAUGAUAUAGAAGAUCAAGUUGAAGAUAUAGGUGAAGAAGAUGAAGAAGAGGAUAUAAUAGGAGAUGAAGAUGAAGAAAUGCAAGAAGAAGAGGAAGAAGAAGCAGAAAUAUCAACAUUAAAUGAUAAAGAACCAGUAAUAGAGUCUUCAUCAAAUCAUCAAGAGCAACAAGUAGAUACGCCGAAAGAUAGUUAA